CGCCGCUGCUCAUGUGACUAGUCGGUGCGGAAGUUUUGAUAACAGAGCUCAUUUCAGUGCUGUGUUUAUAGGCGAUGCGAGGAUUUUGUCGCUUUAGCUGCUUUAACUGCGUUAUAAAUGGUCAGGAUGACUCAGAAGUACCACUUGGAGGGACAGGUGUAUUCUGUCCCAGUGAUCCAGCAGGACUUGAGGAGGGAAGAGGCUGUGCACCAGAUCACUGAUGCUCUGCAAUACCUGGAAAAUAUUUCAACAGACAUCUUCACCAGGGUGUCGCAGAGUGUGGAAAAGAAUCGCACUUACCUCCAGGCCGUCACAGACCGUAUCAAACUGGCUCAAGCACGAGUCCACAAGAUCAAAGGAAGCAAAAAAGCCACCAAGGUAUUUUCCAGUGCUAAGUACCCUGCUCCAGAGAAACUAGAGGACUACUCCUCCAUUUUUACAGGUGCUGUUGAUCCUGCAUCUCAGAAACGACCUCGCUACAAAAUUCAGGGCAAGCUCCGCCCCCUGGAUGACAAGGCCUUGCAGGAGAAGCUAAAAUAUUUUCCAGUAUUUGUGAACACUAAGAAGCGCUCUGAAGAUGAAACGGAGGAGGGGUUGGGUAGCCUGCCCAGAAACAUCAGCUCAGUCAGCUCCCUACUACUCUUCAACACUACAGAGAACCUGUAUAAGAAGUAUGUGUUCCUGGAUCCUCUGGCCGGGGCCGUCACUAAAACUCACACCACGCUGGAGACGGAGAAAGAAGAAAAGCCAUUUGAUGCCCCUCUCUCCAUCACCAAGAGAGAGCAACUAGAGAGACAGACUGCAGAGAAUUACUUCUAUGUGCCAGACCUGGGCCAGGUGCCAGAGAUCGAUGUGCCCUCUUAUCUACCUGACCUGCCUGGCAUUGCAGAUGACCUCAUGUACAGUGCUGACCUUGGUCCAGGGUUUGCUCCCUCUGGUCCUGCCAGUGCAACCAUCCCUGAACUGCCCUCGUUCGGCACAGAUCACGAAGAGCCCAAUGGACCUGGCUCCCAGUUUAGACCAGAGGCUCCACCCCCACCUCCGCCUCCUCCUCCACCUCCUCCUCCUGAGCCAACUCAUGUUCCAGGUCCUCCUCCUGGAGCUCCUCCAGCUCCACCCCCUCCUCCCCCGCCUCCUCCUGUUAUAGCAGAUGGCGCAGGAGGUGGAGAUGCUUCCAGUCAGGCCCAGCCCACAGGUGCAGUAAAAGGUGCUCCUACAGAAGUUGUACAGCCGUCAGAUGGGCGAGCGAGCUUGCUGGAGUCUAUACGUAACGCCGGGGGCAUCGGCAAAGCCAAACUGCGGAACGUUAAAGAGCGUAAGAUGGAGAAGAAGAAGCAGAAGGAGCAAGAGCAAGUUGCUGUGACAGCCAGUGGUGGAGAUUUUAUGUCUGAUCUCUUUAAUAAACUGGCAAUGCGUCGGAAAGGCAUCUCAGGUAAAGUCCCUGGGGGCGGAGACGCCACAGAAGCACCGCCCAGUUCUGGUAGUGCAUUUGCCAGGAUGUCUGAUGUGAUCCCUCCACUACCAUCACCACACCAGCCAACCACAGAAGACGAUGACGACUGGGAGGCAUAGUGAAUACACAUGGACCUGUCUGCUCUGUACAGGCUGAAUUUAAACAGCUCUGAAUGUAGUUUUUUUAUGAACUGAAAACAGGGUUAAAGAUUUGAAGGUUUCAGCACUUCCUGGAAGAAUGUUCGACAUCUCAUCCUGAGGCACUGUUUCAGCUGCAGUGUGGCAGAGAGGUACAGAAAACCAGAUUCAGGGGAAGAUGAGGCUCUGUAAGGACAACAGACUGUCAAAACAAAUCUGUUCAAUGCUCAUCACUUUCUUAAUCUGACCUGAUUUAGUUUGUUUUGUAUCCAUGUGUGAUUAUUUUACUAAAAAAGUCAAUAAAUCAAGAUCAUGGACUGAA